AUGCUGCUCAUAAAUCUUGAUGUACAGCUUUCCAGUGCAAUAACUCUGCCUCGCACUCUGCGGACGCCCUCAAUCUUUGACUUUACGAAGCAUUUCACAAACUCAAACCAGCCCUAUGUUUGCACUCUCCAAGUGUAUGUGCGGCUACGGAGCGGUGCCGCAGGCGUGACCAGACGUCCCGCAGCACUGCACGGCGCCGACCCGCUGCUCUCACCCGGGGACGGGAGCCCCGGGAGCAGAGAGGAGCUCCAGAAGCCACGGCAGCGCCUGAAACGAAGCUGUCCAUUUUUCUCUGGGACUUACGGUCCUCUCCACAUGCAAACCCCCCGAGGAACGCACCUGAUCCUGCCACGGCCUCAUAAAACCGACGGCGGCGGCAGUAAAAAGGAUUAUGAUCCUCCCGAGAAGAAACAAGAGAUACUAGGACACUGCUGGAAGGAUGACCAAGCCCAGCCUGAUCAGCUCUUCCUCCACGACACUUUCCCCGACGGCUUCCUCUGGGGCGCAGGCAGCGCUGCCUAUCAGAUCGAGGGUGGCUGGCGACAGGGUGACAAAGGGGCCUCCAUCUGGGACACCUUCACCCACCGACCCACCACUCCAGCAGGGUCCAUCCUGCCAGGUCCAACUGGAGGUGAUGUGGCCAGCGACAGCUACAACAACAUCUUCCGUGACAUCGAGGGGCUGAGGCACCUGGGGGUCUCCCACUAUCGCUUCUCACUGGCCUGGACUCGACUGAUGCCCAACGGCACAGCACCCAUCAAUCCCGUUGGGCUGGCCCACUAUGGCCGAGUCCUGAGCCGCCUGCGGGAGCUGGGCAUAGAGCCCGUCGUCACUCUCUACCACUGGGACCUGCCACAGGGCUUGCAGGAUGCCUUCGGCGGCUGGGUCAGCCCUGUCCUGCCUAACCUCUUCCGUGACUACGCCGAGCUCUGCUUCCGGCAUUUUGGCGGACAGGUCCGCUACUGGUUGACCAUGGACAACCCUUAUGUGGUGGCCUGGCACGGAUAUGGCACUGGGCGGUUGCCACCUGGCGUGCAGGGUGGCCCACGCCUGGGCUACCGCGCGGCACACCACUUGCUGCAGGCACACGCUAAAGUCUGGCAUCUGUACAAUGAUCAUUUUCGUCCCACUCAAAAAGGAAAAGUGUCCAUUGCCCUUAGCUCUCACUGGAUAAAACCUCAACAUAUGACUGAAAAAAAUAUAAAAGAAUGUCAAAAAUCCCUUGAUUUUGUGCUUGGCUGGUUUGCUAAGCCCAUAUUUAUUAAUGGUGACUAUCCAGAGAGCAUGAGGAGUAACCUCUCAUCUCUGCUGCCUGAAUUCAGUGAAGAAGAAAAGAAGUACAUCAAGGGAACAGCUGACUUUUUUGCUCUUUCUUUUGGAGCUACCUUGAGUUUCCAGCUCUUGGACUCUCACAUGAAAUUCCAGCAGUUGGAAUCAAUAAGCUUGAGGCAGCUCCUUUACUGGAUAAGCACUGAAUACAACAACCCCCCAGUUUUCAUUGUGGAAAACAGCUGGUUUGUUUCUGGUAGCACCAAGAGAGACGAUGCCAAAUACAUUUAUUAUCUCAAGAAGUUCAUUAUGGAAACCUUGAAAGCCAUCCGGUACGAUGGAGUUAAUGUGUUCGGAUACACAGUCUGGUCCCUCCUGGAUGGCUUUGAAUGGCACAGGGGAUACAGCAUUCGGCGCGGAUUGUUUUAUGUUGACUUCCAAAGCCACGACAAAAAGCUGAUACCAAAAUCUUCUGUCUUGUUCUAUCAAAAGUUGAUAGAAAAAAAUGGCUUCCCUCCUUUGCCUGAAAACCAGCCCACAGAAGGGGUCUUUCCUUGUGGCUUUGCCUGGGGGAUUGUUGACAACUACAUUCAGGUAGACACAACUCCUGCCCAGUUUCUUGAUCCUAAUGUUUAUGUGUGGGAUGUUCACCAGACGAAGAAAUUAAUUAAAGUGGAUGGAGUUUUCACCUCCAAACGCAAGCAUCACUGUGUUGAUUUUGCUGCCAUCAGAUUCCAGAUCUCUCUUCUGCAGGAAAUGCAUGUCACUCACUUCCAUUUUUCACUGAAGUGGUCUUCAGUCCUUCCUUUAGGCAAUCUUUCUCUAAUCAACCACACACUUGUACAUUAUUAUCAGUGUUUCUCCAGUGAACUUCUCAGAGUUAAUAUAACUCCUGUUGUUGCUUUAUGGCAACCUAUGGCUGAGAAUCAAGAGCUUCCAACUUCUCUUGCCAAAUAUGGAGCUUGGGAAAACUCAGAAACUGUUAAGGCUUUUGUUGAGUAUGCAAAAUUCUGCUUUGCAAGUCUUGGGGACCAUGUAAAAUUUUGGAUCACAAUGAAUGAACCAUCUGUGAAAAACUUGACAUACACUGCAGGACACAAUCUGUUGAAAGCCCAUGCGAAAGCAUGGCGUCUUUAUGACAAAGAAUUCAGAAGAUCUCAGAAGGGUAAAAUAUCUAUAGCUCUACAAGCUGACUGGGUAGAACCAGCUUGUCCCUUUUCCAGGAAUGACCAAGAAGUUGCUGACAGAAUUUUACAGUUUGACAUUGGCUGGCUUGCAGAGCCCAUCUUUGGCAAUGGUGACUACCCACACGUGAUGAGGGCGUGGCUUCACCAGAGAAACAGCGUUGACCUGUAUAAUUUCCACUUGCCUUCUUUCUCAGAAGACGAAAAGAAAUUAAUUCAGGGCUCAUUUGAUUUCUUUGCCUUAAGUCACUACACAACUACUCUUGUGGGCUGGGAGAAAGAAGAUGCGCUGAAAUAUGACCACUAUCUUGAAGUUCAGAUGAUCAAUGACAUCACAUGGCUGCACUCCCCCAGCAGAGCUGCAGUAGUGCCCUGGGGACUGCGUAAAGUGCUCAGAUGGGUUAAAUCAAAAUAUGGCAAUGUCCCGGUUUAUGUUAUGGCUAAUGGAAUUGAUGAUGACCAGAAUAUGGUGCACGAUAGGCUCAGAGUAUAUUACAUACAGAAUUACAUCAAUGAAGCUUUAAAAGCUUAUGCCUUGGAUAAUGUUAAUCUCCAAGGAUAUUUUGUCUAUUCUUUUAAUGACAAGACUGCUCCUAAAUAUGGUCUGUACAGUUAUGUUGCAAACCAAUAUGAACCAAAGCCUUCUAUGAAGCACUACAGAGAAAUAAUUGACAACAAUGGUUUUCCUGGUCCUGACACUGCUGAGGUGCUGUGCCCGGAGGAGACUGCUGUGUGUCCUGAAUGCCACUUUUUCCGAACCAGAAAAUCAUUAUUUGCCUUCAUCUCUUUCAUAUUUGUUGCUUUUAUUGUUACUAUAUUCUGCAUUAUGUACUACUCCAAAAGAGCAGAAAGACGGUAUAAAUAGAGCUGCCCCUGCAUCCAUCACCCACGGCCCUUUUUCUCACAUCCCCUUAGGUGAUCUGAAAUGGGAGUGCACAGUGUGGUGGUCACUUCAGCACUAGGAAGGCAUGCACACUGCUUGCUGCUGCAGGUCACUGACAGCGAGCAAAUAUUGCUAGCAUAUGGCUUCCAGAAACCACUCUCCGUGGUUUAAUACAUAUGGUUUGGGACCAGUCUUUAAUUCCUGUGGUUGGAGCUAUCCCACAACCUUCCUUGGGACC